AUGUCUUCGGCGACGGCCCUGGCCCGUUGGACGGCAUACGCCAGCAUUCACACGACAGGGGAGAACUCACGCUACAAGCGAGAAUUUCGGCAUUGCUCCCCGAGGAUCCCAACUGUGAUUUGGGCCUCCGUCGUUUCACGAAUCACUCCAAAGCCAAAGAGAAAGAGCCUGCCCUGCGCAGCUCCAAAGCCAAAGAGAAUCACUCAAAAGCCAAAGAGAAAGAGCCUGCCCUGCGCCGCUCCAAAGCCAAAGAGAAUCUCUCUAAAGCCAAAGAGAAAGAGCCUGCCCUGCGCAGCUCCAAAGCCAAAGAGAAUCGCUACAAAGCCAAAGAGAAAGAGCUUGCCCUGCGCAGCUCCAAAGCCAGGAGAAUCGCUCCAAAGGACCAAAGCCAAAGAGAAAGAGCCAGCCCUGCGCAGCUCCAGAGCCAAAGAGAAUCGCUCCAAAGCCAUAGAGAAAGAGCCAGCCCUGCGCAGCUCCAGAGCCAAAGAGAAUCGCUCCAAAGCCAUAGAGAAAGAGCCUGCCCUGCGCAGCUCCAAAGCCAAAGAGAAUCGCUCCAAAGCCAAAGAGAAAGAGCCUGCCCUGCGCAGCUCCAAAGCCAAAGAGAAUCGCUCCAAAGCCAAAGAGAAAGAGCCUGCCCUGCGCAGCUCCAAAGCCAAAGAGAAUCGCUCCAAAGCCAUAGAGAAAGAGCCUGCCCUGCGCAGCUCCAAAGCCAAAGAGCCUGCCCUGCGCAGCGCGCCCAGCCGCUGCGGCCUUCCAGGAGGGGCCACUGCACUCGCUCUGGUGAUCUUCGUGUCUUUUCUAUUAUUGAUUUCAAGUGCUCUCUGGCUGGGAAGUGACGGUGCGCCUAAAGGUACCAAACUCCCACCAGGACCACUCGGGUUUCCACUUAUUGGUAACAUACCACUGCGCACGAACAUAUUUGGCUUUAACAAUCUCAAGAAAUGGAUUGAAAAAUACGGUCCUGUCUUUCGGAUAAAAAUUGGCUUCAGCAACGUUGUCGUCCUCAACGAUUUCGAAUCCAUAAGAGAAGUGCUGUCCAUGAAGGAAAUGUUGUACCGAACCGGGAAUCUCACCGUCGACGAAGCGGGAUUUCGAGGUCUCUUGUCAUUGAAUGGACAAGCCUGGCAUGACAAUCGGCGUUUCUGCCUCCACGUGCUGCGUGAUCUCGGAUUCGGGAAGACUUCCAUGGAGGAAAAACUUAAGGAAGAAGCAGAGUACCUGACUGAAAAGAUUGCUGAGCAUAAGGGUGCACCGUUGGCGAUCCAGGAUCUGCUCGUGCCCAGUACAUCCAAUAAUGUGACAGCACUUGUGUUUGGGACGCGGUAUCCGUUCGAGGAUGCCCGAAGAGAGUUUCUGGACGAUCGACUCAAAAAGUUGUCGAGGUUCAUCGGUGCCAGAAGACUGAGCCUUCUUCUGCCUAGGUGGAUGAACCAGCUGGCAGCAAAAAUACCAGUCCUGAAAAAUAACCUCGCUGGACCAAUUCUCGAUGAGCUACUCGCUUUUUUCAGACGCGAAAUACGAGAACAUGAAGCAACUUUGGACGAGCACAGCGAUAGGGACUUCAUUGACGCCUACCUGAAGAAAAUAAGAGAGAAUAUGGGGGCCAACGGAAGCUCCAGCUUUCAGACGAAUUCCUUGAUUGGGAACAUCUUCAGCUUCUUCGUAGCCGGUUCGAGCACCGUUAAAGAGACGCUGCAAUGGCACCUGCUAGUGUGCGCUGACAAGCCUGACUUCGUGCAGAGGAGGAUACAGGAAGAGAUCGACAAAGUGAUUGGCCGCGAGAGGGCACCGUCGUGGGCUGACCACACAGCUAUGCCUUUCACCGUGGCUGUUCUUCGGGAAGUCUACCGAUGGCGUACAGUCGCACCACUCGGUAUUCCAAGACUAGCUGGCGAGAACGUUGUCUUCAAAAACCACUUCAUUCCGAAAGGAACCACCGUGAUCGCUAAUCUCCGGGCAGUACACAUGAACCCCAAGCACUGGAAAAAUCCAGAAGAGUUCAACCCACUGCGUUUGAAGGAAGGUUGUUCGGAAUUGCUUCCAAAGCCAGAUCAACUCAUUCCAUUUUCAAUUGGAAAGAGAAUGUGUCCUGGAGAAACGAUGGCUACCGUGGAAAUCUUCUUAUACCUGACAACCAUAUUGCAGAAGUUCAACGUUCUGCCUGAGGAAAAUCGUGAAGUCAAUCUUUCGGCGGAAGCUACACCUAUAAGCCAGGCGCAAAGACAGAAGCUUCGAUUUCUGCCUCGUUAAUGUUCAAGAGCAAGC